AUGGAGUACAUCGGAGCCACGGGGUCGCCGAUCGAGUUCGACGCCGUCCCCAUCCAACCAGGCAUCGACUUCCACUUCAUCCUCGGCUUCGCCAUCGACGCCGACUCCUCCGGGACCCCGCUCAACGGGGAGUUCAAACCUUACUGGGCCGACACCCUGAGCCCAGAAUCCAUCUCGUCACUCAAAGCCCAACACGGCCCAAGCGUGAAAGUCAUGGCCAGCCUCAGCGGAUGGAGCCUCGGGGGGAAAGUGCUCCGCUGGACCCGGCCCAAUAACCAAUCCUUGUGGAUAUCCAACGCCGCCUCCUCCCUCCGCUCCCUCAUCGCCACCUACCACCUCGACGGCGUCGACGUCGACUACGAGAACUUCGGCCGCGGCAAGGGCGACAUCGAAAGCUUCGCCUUCUGCAUCGGCGAGCUAAUCGCACAGCUGAAGCGGGAAAAUUCGAUCUCCGUCGCUUCAAUUGCGCCGUUCCACACCACGGUGGCGCCCUACGCGGCUCUGUUUCGGAGGUACGGUGGGCUUGUUGAUUAUGUGAACUACCAGUUCUAUACGGACAAGGUUAGGAAUCCGGUGGCUUACCUGGCCGCGUUUCGGCUGCGGGCGGGGCAGUUUGGGAAGGAGAAGCUGCUGCCGAGCUACGAGGUGAGUGGGAGAGGGAUUCAAGGGGACGGGUUUUUCGACGCGCUGACGAUGUUGGAGAGGAAUGGGUUUGGCGUUAAUGGAGUUAUGAUUUUCUCGGCGGAUGCUUCUGCGGCGGAGGGUGUUAAUUUCGAGUACGAGAAGAAAGCUCAGGCCUUUCUGCUCAAUGUCAAUAGCACCCAUCUUUCGUAG